AUGAUUGAUUCAUCAAACAACACAAAUGCGAAUGACGCUACGAUAAUCUCGAUAAAUUUAUUCAUGAAUUGGAAGAUUGCGAGAAUCACGAAAGAAAUGCGAGUAAGUUUACAUAAUAUUCCAGCGGAGAUGGUACCGCCCGUUGAUGUCCCUUUUCCUCCAGAUAUCAAUCCAAAAGACUUGAUUCGACAAAAAUGGAAUUUUACGAGUUCAUGGCAAAUGAUUAAUGUCAGUAUGGAUAAACUCCAAUUUUCCGAAAGAAAAUUGUUCCAAUCCUAUCAAGAACAAAAUUGUUCACACUUACUGCAGCUUAUGGCAGAGUGA